AUGCAUACAUCACAUUCACCGACAUCUUCAAUAUCACUUGGGACUGAUGAUUACCCUGAAUGUAAUAACAGUGAUGAGGUUGCGUCUACAUUUACUUCAAAACUUCACUAUCGUCAACUUCAAUCCGAUUAUCGUUUACCAAAUGUUGUUGUUUUUACUAUUUCGUUAAACGAGUGUAACUUGUGUCAAUUGAAAAAGAAAUUCUCUGUCGAUACUCAGUUACUAUCCUAUUCAUUUCUUGUUCGUUUAAUUAAUCGAACAUUUAACUUGCGUUCCAAUUUCACAUUAAUUGCCAAAGAAUCUUCUUCGUUCCGAUGCAAUUUUCCUGUCACUGACGAUUUUGACGUCGAUGGCUGUAUAAUGAAUAUGACUGAAGAAAUCGAUGACGAGAAUAAACAACACUCAACCUUAGAAUUUAUUGUUUACAAAUAUCCUCGAACGAAAGAUCAACUUCAAUAUGAUUCAGAUGAUUGGUGUAUUCUAGACGAAAGUUCCAGUACUGCUGAGCGAAAAGAUGAUAAUUUCGAAAUUAUUCCCAUCCAAAACGAUUGCAUCAUAGUAACAGUGAAACCGAAAGAUCAACGACAAGAAUCAUUUCUACAAAAAGCAACAGGCUGGUUACAUGGCUCAGUAAAUUCUUCGUCGAACAACUGUGUGACGAAAAAAGAGUUUCAACAAAUGUUAGAUCCAUCCACUGGUCGUCUACUUGAUGAGCAACUUUUUCGACAACGAAUAUUUGAUCAUGGUUGUGACGAAUCCAUACGAAAGAUAGUCUGGUGUUAUCUAUUACGCGUCUUUAAUGAAUCAAUGACUAAUGAAGAUAAAAGUGAAUAUACUCACCGGGCGAAAGAACGAUAUAAUGAAAUGAAACAAGCCUGGCAGAAUCGAUGUAAGCAGGGUGAUGUCGAAAUUACAACAUUAGAUAACCUAAUUCAAAAAGAUGUACGACGUACGGAUCGUUCUGUGAAAUUCUUUGAUGAUAAAGAAAAUUUAUCAUGUCAAAAGUUAUUCAAUAUACUGAUGACGUACAGUGUUUAUCAUCCCGAGCCCGGUUACAUUCAAGGAAUGAAUGAUAUGGUCUCACCGCUUUUAUAUGUGAUACGUGACGAAGCAUUAACAUAUGCAUGUUUUUGUUCACUUAUGCGUUAUAUGAGCCCAUUGUUUCAUCCCAACGGUAAUGCCAUGAACCGACGGUUGAGUUUAUUACGAAAGACUAUACAGGCGAUUGAUAUGGACCUCUGGAUGAAGAUUGAACAGUGCGAUAUUGGUAAUCUGAUGUUUACUUUCCGAUGGUUAUUAUUGGAUUGUAAACGCGAAUUUCCAUUCAAAGAUAUCUUUCGUGUUUUUGAAACCCUUUGGGCAUCAUUACCAAUCGAUACGUUCGAAUUCAAUCAUGAUAAUACAUUUUCGGAUCAAGAUGAUCUUUGUCCAUCAUCAUUAUGUAAUCCACAUCGUUCAUCAUUCAUGUCAUCGAUAUCGAACACAAUUUUAUCAUCACGUUCGUCUUCACCGACAUUAGAAGAUACACGAUCUCAACAUUCAAGUCUCGAUGGAGGAGAUUCGGGUUAUCGUGAUGAACAACUACCCGGCACAUUCGAUCUGAAUCUCCGUUCGAAUAGACUCGAUAGUUCUUGCUAUCUAACUGCAUCGACGAAUUCCAAUUCAAUAUUAAAUAUAUCCUUAGGAAAAUGGUUGACACACUUUUCCUCGAUCGAUACCGAUGAACAAUAUUCCGAUAUGUUCACUAUCUUUCUUUGCGUUGCAUUACUCGAACAAAAUCGUUCGUCAAUUAUGCAAAUGUCACGAUUGAAUACUGACGAUGAUGAUGAUCACAUUGGUUCGUAUUUUACUCGUCUUGUCCGACAGCAUGAUGCUCGACAUGCAUUACAAUUAGCUCGAAACUAUCAUCGUCAAUACGUUCUUUUUCAAAUGCGCGUCAAACAUUUACUCACUGAAAACUAA